AGUUUUAUGAUUUUUAUGCAAGCUUUUACCGGGUCGCGCUAUUUCAUUCGUUAGCCGUUCGUGUCGUAAAUGCUAGCUCUUCGUUUGCACAUGUGUGUCUCGAUCGUCGGAUAAUAUAAAACGGAAAAGAGGCGAGGGCGAGAUUUUCAGUGAAAUUUUAUUGUGGUUUUCGUGUCUACAGUCAAAUAUCAAAAGAAAUGUCGGCGAACACGGUGCUGCUAGAUUUUUCACUAGAUCCAACUCGCAUAAGUGACGAGGUGUCUCGCAAAGAUAUAGUCAAGCUGUGUAGAGAACACUUGGAAAAAUAUUUGCCGGGACUGAAGAUUACCUACGAUAUGCUGACGGAGGAUGGAUACCUUUGUAUGCUAACUACGGUCGGUGGAAUCGUCACAACCAUCAGGUUCUUCAACCAGGGUCUGAUUACGAUCAACAUCGAGUACUUUCGGGCAGAGCGCGAGCCGCCUAAAAUUUCAUUUGAACAAAUAAAAUCGCUAGAAAAUAAUUUACGCCUAAAGUUGGAAGCAAAACGUUCCAAGCACCUUCCACCGAUAAAAAGGGGCAGUAAUAUUGACGUAUAUUUAACAAGCUCAGAUGAACGCGUAAUCGAGUAUGAUAUCGAUAAGGUACUCUACGACAAACGAUCUGAUUUUCAAAAAAUUCAGAUCGUUCACUCAAAAAGUCUGGGCAACAUGCUUGUCCUAGACGAAUUGCAAAAUAUUGCUGAAGCCGAUCUUAUCUACACCGAAACGUUGAUGCGUCGAGGUGUGGAAAACUACAAAGAUAAAGAGAUUUGCAUUCUCGGUGGUGGCGAUGGUGCGUUGCUUUAUGAGCUGCUUAAAGAGAAUCCCAACCACGUCGUGAUGUUGGAGAUCGACGAGCUGGUGAUGCAAGCGUGCAACAAGUACAUGAAUUCCAUCUGUGGUGACGUACUGGAGAAACGCAAAAGUGACAAUUACGAGAUCAUUGUUGGCGAUUGUAUGGUUUAUCUAAACAAAUAUAUCAAGGAAGGUCGAAAGUUUGAUUACGUCUUCGGGGAUCUAACCGAUAUUCCCAUUUCGGAUACACCAACCGGAGAAAUUUGGGAGUUUAUUCUUACAAUCCUGCAGUCAUCUUUCAAAGUUUUGAAAGCGGGCGGCAAAUUCAUGACACACGGUAAUGGAGUCAGCUGCCCCGAAUCGCUUGAAAUGUAUGAAGAACAGCUUUCCAAAUUAUCACCAAAGGUUAGUUUUACUAAGUGCUCCGCGUUUGUGCCAUCCUUCAUGGAAGAAUGGGUUUUCUAUCAAGUGCAGCAUCAAUCGGAUGCGACAGACAGCGUUUGACUUCUAAACAGCGGUAAAGUCUGUAAAUUUAAUGCUUCAGCCACUUUUACGGAAACUAUCAAAUUUUUAAACUAUCUGCAUUGCGUUCACUUCAAUAGUAAACAGUCAGCCGUCAUGAUAGUUUCGGUACUUCCAGUGUUGAUAAUAUUGAUAUUCUCAAAGUUCAGCAUUUUUUCUUAUCAAGAAACUUUGUCGCAAUUGAUGUAUAAUAGUAGAUACUUGUUAUAGUAUACCUUCACCAUAGUCACCAAAAUCACUAUCGCAAAAUACGCUUUUAUUUUGUUACAGCCAGUUAUUACAAUGAGACAAGAAGAAAAUGUCAGCUGACGAACGUUCAGAAUUUGUUUUCGUUGUUUGGUAAUUUUAUGAUCGAGUAGGAAGGAACAGUGUAGCACAAAUAGUGAUCGCAUUCUAUUUACGGAUGAAUCCGCGAUAAGUAAUCAAAUAGUUCCUGUUUUUUAGUUUGAUCUGGUAACUUUAGUACACUUGUACUACGUGUGAGUAAGUUUUAUUCAAUAGGUUUUCUGUGUGACAUAAUGGCCAUUAUUAUCUUAUUAGAAAAGAUAAAUAAAAGCUGUACUUAUAAUAAACUAGUAAUACCUAGUAGUAUAAAUUUUGUUGCGAAACACCCUACGCUUCGGUAGCGCAGGUAUAUCCUUGCUUAAAAUAAACCUUAACUUGACACAUA